GCCACACGAUACAUUUGACAAAAAAUAUUUUAAUAGUUUUUCAAUGCUAGAUGUUUCAAUGUAGAUAUUUUUAUAUAAUAAGUAAAUUAAACAUAGCAUGCAACAAUGUGAUUAAAAUAAGUACAUAAAAUGGGGUUCACCCAUACAAUUCUUCUAAGUGUAAUGCUUUAUCUCCCUAUCUUAUUAAUUUCUUCUAAAGAAGUGCGUGAAAAAAAUGAAAAUUGCAAUACCACUGAGUCUGAACGUGUUCAAUACGAGUUCACUACCGAUGUUGUUAAAAGUCAGCACAUAAUAACAUUUAAAGGAUACUAUCCCAGGAGCACAAGAGAAAAUUAUGUAAAUGCCGCUCUAACCAGUGCAGGUAUAACAGACUGGAAGAUUAUUAAACGCAACAAUCCAGCCAAAGAAUAUCCUAGUGACUUUGAUGUUGUUGUCCUAGAAAAUGCAGGAAGAAAAGCAUUGGAAGCCCUGCAAGAUCACCCAGCAGUUCGACGGGUCACAGCCCAACGUCAAGUCACACGGUCCAUAAAGUAUGUUAAAGAGGAUGAGUGUGGAUCAGGGGGCUGUUUGUAUUCUGGGUGGCGGAAUUAUCGCGGAAGAGGACUGCACUCUCUUCGAAAAACUCGUGACAAUGGAUACACGUCACGCAAACUAUUACGGACUGUCCCGCGCCAGAUCACCUCUGUGUUGAAAGCAGACGUUCUUUGGUCUCUUGGUGUCACAGGUGAAGGUAUAAAGGUCGCCGUGUUUGAUACCGGCUUAGCUCGUAACCAUCCUCACUUUGGGCGGAUCCGUGAACGUACCGACUGGACGGGAGAAGACACAUUGGACGACGCCUUAGGCCACGGAACGUUCGUUGCCGGAGUAAUAGCUUCGAAGGCCGACUGUUUGGGAUUCGCUCCCGACGCCGAUUUGCACAUAUUCCGAGUAUUCACUGAUAAUCAGGUUUCAUACACUUCGUGGUUCCUGGACGCGUUCAACUACGCAAUAAUGCGCAAAAUAGACGUUCUCAAUCUCAGCAUCGGGGGACCGGAUUUUAUGGAUCAUCCGUUUGUCGACAAAGUCUGGGAACUCAGUGCUAAUAAGGUAAUUAUGGUAUCGGCGAUCGGUAACGACGGUCCUCUGUACGGCACACUGAACAACCCCGCUGAUCAGAUGGACGUCAUAGGUGUCGGCGGUAUAGGGUUCGAUGACCGCAUCGCGAAAUUUUCGUCGAGAGGAAUGACAACAUGGGAGUUACCACAAGGUUACGGUCGUAUGAAGCCCGACAUUGUAACGUACGGCAGUGGAGUCCGUGGAUCGAGCGUGAAUGGUGGAUGUAAAUCACUUAGCGGUACAUCGGUAGCGUCGCCGGUUGUAGCUGGCGCCAUAGCGUUACUAGCGAGCGGUGUUCCACGUCAGAAUUUAACUCCGGCAUCUGUUAAACAAGCCUUAUGCAGCACAGCGCUAAGACUACAAGGGCCUAACAUGUUCGAACAGGGACACGGGAAAUUGGACCUUAUCAGCGCUUAUCAGUUCCUCAGGAAGUACGAGCCGCAAGCUACAUUAAGCCCGAAUUACAUUGACCUCACUGAAUGUCAGUACAUGUGGCCGUACUGCACUCAGCCGCUGUAUUACAGCUCGCAGCCAACGAUCGCGAACGUGACCGUCAUUAAUGGACUGAGCGUCGUUGGGAAUGUGAAAGAAGUCUCGUGGCAUCCACAUCUGCCCCAUGGCGUUCUACUCUCGGUGUCUUCAGAUUACAGCGAUGUCCUCUGGCCUUGGUCUGGCUGGCUGGCCCUCAGCUUCACAGUCCGGGAAGAAGGGGCUAACUUUGAUGGUAUCAUCGAGGGUCACGUGAACGUAACGAUUGAAAGUCACGACGAUACAGGUGAUAGAACAAUAAAGAACGCCACACUCACAUUGCCGAUACGAGCUCGAGUGAUCCCAGUUCCGGUGCGAUCCCGGCGUCUCCUCUGGGACCAGUUCCACAGUCUACGUUACCCCGGCGGCUACUUCCCUAGGGACGAUCUACGAGCCAAACACGAUCCCCUCGACUGGCACGCCGAUCAUAUACACACCAAUUUUAGGGACAUGUACAGGAGAUUGCGCGAACACGGAUUCUACGUUGAAGUCAUGGGUACACCCUUAACAUGUAUCGACACGUCGCUCUACGGCGCCCUGUUACUCGUUGACCCCGAAGAUGAAUAUUUCCCCGAAGAGAUGGCAACAUUGAAGAAAGCCGUUGACGCUGGACUAUCGUUAAUUGUUUUCGCCGAUUGGUACAACGCUUCCCUUCUGCGGCACGUGAAGUUUUACGACGAAAACACAAGGCAAUGGUGGAUUCCUGAGACGGGAGGAUCAAACGUUCCCGCUCUGAACGAUUUACUCAGCAUGUAUCAGGUGGCGCUAGGCGAUAGAGUAUUUGAAGGUUCAUUCAAACUGGGCGGACACCCGAUGUAUUACGCGAGCGGAACUCACAUACACAGCUUCCCUGAACACGGUGUACUGAUCACGGCCCCUCUCAACGAUCAAGGGCAACAGAUAAUAUCAGGUGAAAAGCCGGGGGCCGCGAACGGCAAAACGGAAGUCACACAACCGUUGCAAGUCCCGAUCCUAGGUCUCCUACAAACUGAUGGAGAUAUUCAUGACUAUUCAAACGAUACCGUGGAUAAAGUACCUAAGUCUGGCCGUCUGGUCGUUUACGGAGAUUCAUCUUGUCUGGAAGGUGGAACUGCCCGGAACUGUCACUGGUUGCUUUUGGCCGCUUUACAAUACGCAAUAGUGGGUCACGUGCCUCCAGCUCUCAAAGAAGCCGCAACGCCGCAAGAGAAACGCGUCAGAGAUGUGCAUAUAAUCCCUUCAGAACUGCCUCGACGUGCCGAAGGGGGACGUCUCCAUGUCUACUCUCGCGUCCUAUCGCCCGAUGGAAGUGGACCACGUCCAAUACCAGAAUGCUUCAGUCCCACCCCGCUACCGUCCCAGCCAGUACACGCUGCUCCAUCUGCCAGGACAUUGGCUCCUAGACAUCAGCCUACAGAUCCUAAGAGUAUCGGUCCUCCAGAAAUAGAAGGCACCGAACCAGCGCCCAGAGCGUGGCGAGGAGCAGGCGCCGCGCCUUCCAGAGUUCACCCGCAGUCGGAAACGACACCCACUAGUCUAACGAACCGAGCUAUCACACUACUAGCGAUCGUAACUGCUAUAUACACUGUCGCUCAGCUGUGGAAGCGGUGGGGCCGCAGGAUCCGGAGACGCAGAAUCAUCUCUCUAGCCACCUAGCACAAGGCCAAGCCUGCUGAAGGCAAACAGAGAAAUCACGCCUGACGAAGUCGUCAGAGACUAUCACCGGGGCCAAAAUAAAUGUAUAGUGACGUCAUUAUUCGCCACAGUGACAAUCUGGUGCCGAACACAUCACGAUUCCCAUAUUGAUAUGUGAUAGUAAGUGUUAUUGUAUAAUGAUAUAGAUAGAGUUACGUAUCCACGUACUUGUAACAGUGAUUAAUGUAGCAAAUGCCAAAAUCGAAUUGUAUAUUUACAUUUACCUAAUUAAUAUUAAAUGGCCUUUUUUUACAUACUUUUACAAUAUUUAUUGUAACGGAAUA